AUCUUCAUCAGUGUGGAGUUUAUUGUCAUGUGAGUGCAAAGUUUUUUUUUCUCAGUUUAAGGAAGGAAUUAGGACAGAGGGAGAGAGAGAGAGAGAGAGAGAGAGAGAGAGAGAGAGAGAGAGAGAGAGAGAGAGAUUGUAAACAGACAGAAGAGGGUGCAGUAGCACCUCCUUUCGUGGAUUCGUUGGUUCUUUCCAUUCGUUGCUUCUACUCCUUUAGGCUCAUCCAUCCAAACUUGACUUUGCGAAACGAUGAGCAGACCGACGAGCAAGGCAUCAGCAGAGAGAAGGUUCUAGACCCCUCGUCCUCAUUCGGAGGCUCACACAGGUGACAGGGAGGCUCUCUUGUGCCUCUGCGUCGCUGCGCGCACGGCGCGUUAUUAGUCCCGCAGCGUCUCUGCGUGAGACCCGCCGCGCUGCUUCUGACGUGACUUUGGGGCAUAUGUGCGCACAUGACGCACUCGCGCUUUUAACCGUUGCUGACCGCCGUCUCGUGUGCUGCCAAGUUUCGGCGCCGAUCGCUGAUGUUUUGGUGAUGUCGGCCAGGGUGAACUCUGUGAAGAGUGACAGCGGCAGCAUCGGUGCGCAACUUAGACGGGAAUAAGACGCACAUAGGUCUGGAUCUGCUUCAGCAGCGCCUCAGAGUGACGAUCAAAACCGGCCAGCGGGUCUGGGAUCACAGAAUCACAGCUGCGUAAACUUGUCCGGAUCAGGUGGCAGUGCGCGAUCUGCAGCCUGCUGGAUAUGCGGCUCUCUGAGGGAAUGUGAAAGGCAGGAGGAGGAGGAGGGGGGAUUUCUCUUCUAACCUCGAAAUGGACGUCGACGACAGGCUGAGGAGACAACACUGGAUUAGCUACAGCUUCUUUGAUUUUGGUGACAUCUGAGCGUUGCAAAGUUUGGAUAAUCUACAGGAUGCAGACUGGAGUGAGGACUCUGUCCGCAGGUGGAGGUGCGUCACUUUGCUGCCUGCUGCUCCUCUGGCUCAUCUACUCCCAUCUGCUGAGAGAGGGCCAGUUGGUGGUGGGAACCUGUGAGAUUGUGAUGCUCAACAGAGAUAGCAGUGUCCCCAGACGGACCAUCGCCAGACAGACAGCUCGUUGUGCCUGCCGCAGAGGUCAGAUUGCCGGGACCACCAGGACGCGGCCGGCCUGUGUAGACGCGCGAAUCGUGAGGAGCCGUCAGUGGUGUGAGAUGGCUCCCUGCAUGGAGGGGGAGGUCUGCAGUCUUCUGUUCAACCGAUCUGGCUGGAGCUGCACCAGGGGCAGUGGUCGCAUCAAGACCGUUACGCCGUUGCCUAAGGAGCCGUCGUAGAAAGCAGAGCUGCGACUCCGUUCUUUGACAUCUGUGCUACAAACAGGACAAUCGAACAUUGUGUUCGGUUAUCGACAAGACACUGAAAUGACAAAGAAGAGCACAAUUUUGUGCGAAUGAAAAUAAAUCAAAAAAACCUUAUCAGAACCUUUCCAAAAACCCUAGUGAAAGACUCACAGCUCUUUAUUUUAUCGAGACAUUUCUUAGGACUGUAAAAUGAGCAGCAUGGUACACCGCUGGCACUGAUCCUUUGCCUUGACCAAAUUCACAAACAGAGAAAAAUUCCCGACAAGAAACAUUUAUCACCAGGAUGGUGGAACACUCACAGAUGCACUGAGCAUUUUUUUUUGUUUUGACAGGCACCAUUAGGUCAUCUACUCCAUGAGGUGUUUUUGUAGCACUAUAGAGUUUUUUUUUUUUACGUCAGUGGCUAACCAUCAUCGUCUAUCACCAUUGUGGAGUCAUCCAGGGUACAGUUCUGGCCAAGUUUCUUUAAUGACACCGCUCGCUGCUGCAGACUCCUGACUGUGAUGAGGCUGAGUCACACCAAAUUAUCCACUGGCUUCUUGCCUGAUGAUUCUUGUUUGGUUGAUGUAACGUCAUGAGGCUUCCAAAAUCUCUGCAGACAUUGUGAAAAAGCAUGAACAAUUCAAGACCAGAGGACUGACUGAUUUCUUCAGUGGAUGAAUGUCCUGAUGGUGAUAUAUGGACAUCGAUCAGAUGAUGUAGCUGAUAACUUAUGUUUUCAUGUAGUGCCAACAUAGACUAAAUGAGUACAUUCUGUGGAAGAAGCUCACACAUCUUGUGCACACCAGCGGGAGCAUUUAGAAGAUGUGGACCUCCAACUCAUUUUAAUAAUUAAUUCUGUGUAUUUGUGCAAGUUCACAUCAACUGAUCUGCUGUGUGUGUGUGUGUGUGUGUGUGUAGGAGUGAUCGGUAUUCUAUCUGUCUCCAUCCAUUCACAUUCAGCGAUACACUGUGAUAUGUCUUAUUUGAUGAAUUAUUUACAAUCUUGUAUACUUUGGGGACCCACCCAGUUCAGAGCUCACCAUCUGACAAAAUGAAACAUUAGUGAUUUUACAGAUGCUGGAUCUUAUUUGAAUCUACAGAGAUGAAACAUGGGUUACAGUCUUUAUUGUUGGAAUUGGGAGAAGGUCUGAAGUAUUUCAACACAAAGUCUAUAAUUAGAAUCAAUUCAUGUGUAAUUAAUUGUAUUUCAGAAUUCUUGCUUAUAUUUUGAUAUGGCAAGCAGGAAGUGCUAUUUGCUGAUUUCAGAUGCUUGAUAUAUUUGAAAUUAUGUAUAUAUUAAAACAUUGUACUUUAUUUCAUGUGGGUGUCAUCAGA